AUGGGGCCUCUACAGUCACUGGAGUUCCAUAAAAAGGCGGUGACGGCCAGCACGAGCGCCGCUAUCAUCGCCGAGUCGCACGGCAUCGUGACGGACCUAUUGGUGGACAGCUCGGCCAGCGCGCUGCCGCCGCACAUCCUGGCCGGCCUGCACACGCUGGCGCAGCUGCUCGAGCCGCCCAGCCAGCCGGGCCGGGUGCAGCAGCACCCGCCGGCGCUGCUGCGGCUCGACGACGCCCUCAGCUCCAGCACCGACGAAAUACCCUUCACCGGCGAGACGGCCGGCAACCUGCAGGCCAGAAAGCGCGCUGUACACCCGGCCAUGCUGCGCCGCAUGUCCUGCUCCAUGUGGUCGACCACCACCUCGGCCACCGGCAUGCCCACCAUCGAGCCGGAGCCGCCCAACCGACGUCGAGCCACCAGCUUCCGUAACACUGUCGGCGGCCAGGCUCGGCCGCACCGCUGGUGCGUCACCAGCGUCUGGGCGGUGCUGACUGUGGAGUCGGUGGUUCUGCCGGCGGUGACGGCCAGCACGAGCGCCGCUAUCAUCGCCGAGUCGCACGGCAUCGUGACGGACCUAUUGGUGGACAGCUCGGCCAGCGCGCUGCCGCCGCACAUCCUGGCCGGCCUGCACACGCUGGCGCAGCUGCUCGAGCCGCCCAGCCAGCCGGGCCGGGUGCAGCAGCACCCGCCGGCGCUGCUGCGGCUCGACGACGCCCUCAGCUCCAGCACCGACGAAAUACCCUUCACCGGCGAGACGGCCGGCAACCUGCAGGCCAGAAAGCGCGCUGUACACCCGGCCAUGCUGCGCCGCAUGUCCUGCUCCAUGUGGUCGACCACCACCUCGGCCACCGGCAUGCCCACCAUCGAGCCGGAGCCGCCCAACCGACGUCGAGCCACCAGCUUCCGUAACACUGUCGAGGUGUCUCCGGCCACAUCGCCAUCGCAGAGCUCCACCAACCUGACGAGCGUCGGUCAGGAGCCGGCAGUGCCUGGGCCCGGCUACAGCAAGCCCCGCAGCCUGUCGGUCAGCGCGCUGCAGCCGUUCAGCCUGCGACACCGCCUGCGCGAGCGCCGGCUACCGCUGUCGCCGGGCGGCGCGCCCGAGGAAGAGCCGCGCCGCCUCAGCGACGAGGACGCGAUCCCCGAGCUGGACGAGCGCGACGCGGCACUCUCGACUCGCAUCGUCGUCUCGCGCAGUCCCAGCCCCAACGUGGGUCGCACGCCGGCGUCGACGCCGCCGCCGACGCCACCGCCUCCGCCGCCUCCGCCGCCGCCGCCCUGA